AUGAUGCAGUCAGAGAUUGAGAGCCGAGAAGUUUCUGACAGCAUCAAAAGACCUACAUCAUUCCCCAUGUACCUGCCUGUGACCUACGAGGUCCUCAACGCCAACUCAUCCUUUUUUCUCAAGGAAGCCAAUCAGGAUGUCAUGAGGAACUCCAGCAUGCAGACUCACACAGAGCCCUUCCUAAUACUACAGGCUAGCCAAGCCAAAGCCCCUGUGGUCAACGUCAGCUACGGCCCCUUAUCUGUGGAGCAGACUGUUCCCCUGGAUAUGAUCCAGAUGGCAGACCUUUUUUACACAACCAGCAAGUUCAGCUUUAACUGGAAAAUCCAGACUUACAUCCUCAACAGGAGAGUCUCCUCCUCCCAGCCCAAAGUACGGGUCUUGUUUUACAUUUCAGGUAACAACUGGGAUUACCAAAGCCCUGAGGGCACAAUGGACAAGUUGCCUUGUAUAAUGGUGUUUGCAUUCUGGCAGACCCAGGAGGUCAGAGGUUCUUGCAGACUCCAAGGAAAUCUAGGACUCUGUGUGGCAGAACUUGAACCCCUUUCCAGUUGGUUCAGUCCAACAGGUGAGGCUUUCAGUCAGGAAAAACCUGCUGAUCCUGCAGAUGGCACCCCCGUGGAGCUCUAUUACAUGGUUCGAUCCACCCUGAAUGGAGGAUGUGUCAACGAAGAGGCUACAAAGAGGGAGAGAACAGAGCAAUAUGAGUUUGGUGAGACCACUGUUACCCCAAUGCAAUGGAUCGGAAGUGUCCGUCUCCACCAAAGCCCCCCGAGUGAGGGGCAGCAAGCAGAGCUUAGGCUGGGGGAUGGCGUUGUCAUACAGGUGUCCUCGAAGCCCAUUCAAAAGAAGGAUGUUGUCACUUUUUAUGUGUCUGUGUCUCCUGGCUCCACUAUGGAUUUUUUCAUUUUAAGAGCGAAGGUAAAGAAAGGUUUCUCCUUCCGCAACAUGAGGAUCAGCAAAUCCCCGACCUGGGAGAUUAACCUGGAGAGAGGAAAGGAUGGGGGGUAUGGGACCACUGCCGUCCAGUGCAACAGGAAGUCAAGCCUUGUAGCAAACAGCAGCCUAUUGGAAAUCAUGCAGCUGGACUUUGAAGCCAAUGAGCUGAGCAGCCAGUCAGACAGCCUGGGCAUCACGUGGCAAGUGGAGGUCCCUGGCACAGGACAGGCAGCGGAGGAGGGGGAGACCAAGCUCUAUGUCACACAAAAGGAGGUCAUAGGGAUCGCUCCCCUGGCCAUGGACACGGAGAUCCUGAACAUGGCCCUGCUGACUGGGAAGAGGGUUGUGGUGCCGGUGAAGGUGGUGGCGUUGGAGCAGGACGGCACUGUGACAGAUGUGUCUGACUUCACUGACUGCCACUCCACUGAUGACGAGGUGCUGAAGGUGUCAGACAGGUGUGACUACGUCUAUGUGAACGGGAAGGAGAUGAAGGGGAAGGUGAAGAUGGCGGUGAAUUUCACCUACGAGUACCUGAGCGCCCAGCUGGAAAUGACUGUGUGGAUCCCUCGGCUCCCCCUGCAGAUAGAUGUGUCUGACACUGAGCUCAGCCAGAUCAAAGGCUGGAGGGUCCCUGUGGCCAACAAAAGGCCAAGCUGGGACAAUGAUGACGAGGAUGAAGAUGACAGGAAAGGGAGGGGAUGCACGCUGCAGUACCAGCACGCUAUGGUAAGGGUCUUCACACAUUUCGUGGCCGAGCAGUCUGACCCACGUGAGCAGCUGACCUACUUCCUGGGCCCUGACUGGCAGCUUGAUAUCACAGAGCUGGUCAGAUACUUUCUGAAAGUGGAGGACCCGAGGAUAGCCAGACUGCAGGAUGGGAAGAUUCUAGCUGGCCGCGACAUAGGGGUGACCACAAUUCAGGUGCUGUCCCCUCUAUCAGACACCAUCCUGGCUGAGAAGACGGUGACAGUGCUGGAUGACAAGGUGACCAUCACUGACCUCGGGGUGCAGCUGGUCACUGGGCUCUCACUGUCCCUUCAGCUCAGCACAGGAAGCAACAGAGCCAUCAUCGCCACGACAACCACGCAGGAGCUGCUUCACAGCCCUAAACAGGAGGCAGUGAUCAGUGCAAGGAUCCAGUUCAGUGAUGGCUCCAUGGCUCCACUUGACAUCUACGACCCCAGCUACUUCACCCUGGCUGUGACCUCGCUGGACAAAGAGGUGGUCUCUGUUCGGAAGGACCCUCGAAUGAACACUCCAGUUGUGGUUGCUGAGGGAGAGGGGCAGGGAGAUCUCGUCAAGGUGGAGAUGGUGAUUAGUGAGGUCUGUCAGAAGUCUAAGAGGAAGAGCACUCUGUCAGUUGGGAAUGGGAGCCUCAAGGUCAAAUUCGCUACAAUUGACAAUCGAGCUAAGGUCGGCAGCAGCAGCGACUACGGUAUUGAUGGCAGAGAGUUAGAAAACAACGAGAGCGUGCACCAGCAGAAGACUGGAACGGAGGGGCGGUACUAUGGGAGCUCUGUCUCAGACCGCAAGGAAAGUGCCAUGAGGAAAAUCGCCACAACGGCCAAGUCUGUCAACCGCGAUCUUGACGGGGGCAGCAUUUCCAGCAACGUCAGUCAAGACCACGAUAAUCUCAUUGACUACACCAACUUCCCUUCACAGGUAGAUAUAUCAAACAGUGGGGGGGCCGUGAAAGAGAAUGAGCUGGCUCAAUCUCCCCGAGUGCUGACUGAUCUAGAGAUUGGCAUGUAUGCUCUGUUGGGCGUUUUCUGCUUGGCCAUCCUGGUGUUUCUUGUGAACUGCGUGUCCUACAUGCUGAAAUUCAGACACAAGCAAGCUUCAGUGCAAGGUCAAGACAACAUGAACCACACGCAUGACUGGGUGUGGCUCGGGACUGACGCUGAGCUAGUGAUGAACGUGGCGGAUGCUCCAGCCCAGCAUGAUAAACACAGCACCACGGUCAUAGACAUCGCGUUGGGCUUGGAGAAUGGUGCUAACCUGCUUAGCGGGACGCUGCAGAAAACUGAACAGGGCCACAUACUCGGCUCUGGGAGCAUCCUCAGAACCAAACACAAAAGUGAAUCAAUAACCUCGCCCACCACAAAAAGAAAGAGGGUCAAAUUUACCACUUUUACUUCAGUUUCCGUAGACAGUGGCCGACCAUCCAGCAACGCCAUGUUCAUGGACCACGAGGAUAUUAAAUGGGUCAGCAAAGAGUUAAAUGGCAUGAACUCCAAAGAUCAAGAACAUGUAGAAAAAGAACAAAAAGACCACUUGUAAUGUCAUUUGAAUGUGUUGGGUUUUGGUUGCAUUUUUUUUUUCACCUUUCUGCCUUCAGUUUUUGGUAAAGAGAUGGGGAUUAAUUUAAUCUGGAAAGGCUAAUCUACACACCCUGUAAUCCUCUGCGUGGUGCUGUAUUUGUUAAGGACACAAACAUCAAGUGCUUGCUGGGAAUAUCUACAUCAUUUAGUCUAUAUCAAUAGUCAUCAAUAGUCUUCCAUUUGGUUGCAGCUCAGCCCUCUUUCAAAUACAAAAUAUAAAAAGAGACACGAUACAGA